AGCUAUCUCCAGGCCAUGCGCUUUGCGGUGGAAGAGAUCAACAACUCCAGCACCCUCUUGCCAGGGAUUUCGUUGGGCUACGAGAUGGUGGACGUCUGCUACCUCACCAACACCAUCCACCCCGUCCUUUAUUUCCUCUCGGACAACCGUUCCCAGCUGGAGGUACAGACUAAUUACACUUAUUACCAGCCCCACGUCAUGGCGGUCAUCGGUCCGGACUCCUCGGUGGCGGCCGUCACCGUUGCACACCUCCUGAGUCUCUUCCUCAUCCCACAGAUCACCUUCAGUGCAACCACCCAGGCUCUUAGCGACCCCCGAGACUUCCCUGUUGCUUUUCGCACGAUCCCAAGUACGGAGCAACAGAUCACAGUCAUACUGCAGCUGCUGCAGAGGUUCCGGUGGAACUGGGUCAUCGUCCUCUCCAGCGACGACGACUACGGUCAGCAGAACCUGCAGACGCUGCAGGCCCAGGCCACCUGGCCCUGCAUCGCUUUCCAGGAGAUCAUCCCGGUCCAGCGGGCAAACCAGGAAGACGGCAGCAUCCAUCAGCGGAUGGAGGACAUUGUCCGCAAGAUGGUCCAAAGCACGGCCAAAGUGGUGAUCGUCCUGAGCCUGGAGCUGCCUCUCCUGACCUUCUUCCAAGAGGUCAUCAGGCAGAACAUCACUGGCCUGGUGUGGAUCGCGACCGAAGCCUGGGCCAUCGAUCCCUCAGUGCACAGCAUCGCCAACCUCUCGAGCAUAGGCACCAUCUUUGGGGUCGCUGCUCAGGAGGUCCCCAUCCCAGGGUUUGCCGACUUCCGAGUAAGGUUGCCCUCCAGCCCGACUGAGGGAGCCAGAGCACAGGAUGUGCAAGGGACAUGCAACCAAGACUGUGGCCGAUGCCUACCGAAAGCUCGGCAGUAUGACAAGAAGCUCCGGGAGACGGGGGACCGCAUUGACUUCAACGUGUACUCGGCAGUCUAUGCCGUCGCUGAGGCCUUGCACAAGCUGCUGGCCUGCAACAGCUCAGAGGGGUGUCAGAAGCGGAGAGUUUACCCUUGGCAGCUGCUGAAGGAGGUGGAUGAGGUGGACUUCUCUCUGCUGAACAACACCGUCACCUUCGACGAGAAAGGAGACCCCCCGACCGGGUUUGAGGUCAUCCAGUGGCAAUGGGAUGUCCCUGACCGGCCUUUUAAGCGGAUCGCCUCCUAUGACUCCCUGCGGGAACAACUGAACAUCUUUGUGGAAGACAUCACUUGGCACACAACCAACAACAUGGCCCCCAAGUCCAUCUGUUCAGAGCAGUGCGAACCAGGCCAUAAGAAAGAACUCAUCGGCAGCAUUUCUUGCUGUUUCAAGUGUGUGCUGUGCGAAGCCGGGACAUUUUUAAAUAAAAGUGAUAAUUACACCUGUCAAUCGUGCCCAUCAGACAUGUGGUCAGAGCCAGGAAAAGACUAUUGUUUCCAGCGGCUUGUGAUAUAUCUCAAGUGGACGGAUCUCACCUCCAUCCUGCUGAUACUCUUCAUGACAUCGGGCCUGUCGGCUACUCUAGGCAUACUGGCCUUGUUUCUCCGUUACUCUGACACGCCGGUGGUGAAGUCCGCUGGGGGCCGUCUCUGCUUCCUCAUGAUCGCCUCCCUCUCCGCCGGCUUCUGCACCAUCCCCUUGUACAUCGGUGUGCCGACGGAAGCCAAGUGCAUUUGUCGCCAGGCAAUCUUCACCUUCUGCAUCUCCGUCUGUGUCUCCUGCAUCACGGUCCGCUCCUUCCAGAUCAUCUGUGUCUUCAAGGUAGCCGCCCGGCUGCCAGCGGCCUACGACUUUUGGAUGAAGCACAACGGGCAGCAGGUUUUCAUAGGCCUCGUCUUUGCCACCAAGUUGAUCCUGGUGGGGGUCACCAUCUACAUGCACCACCCGGCUCCGGUGGAGCCCACCGUGAGCAGCAAUCCAGCCGUGAUGCACCUCACGUGCAACGCGAAAUAUAAGUCCAGUAUGAUUUCAAACAACAUCUUUGACAUGGGGCUGUCCUUCAUGUGUUUCUGUUUUGCCUACAUCGGCAAAGCACUGCCGAAAAAUUACAACGAGGCCAAGUACAUCACCUUGUGCAUGAUCUGCUACUUCACUUCCUGGGUUGCCCUUUUCCUUGUGAUGAACGUCUUCGAAGGGAUGGUGGUGACUGUCUUUGGUGCGGCCACUGUCCUGUCCAACCUCUUCAGCAUCGCCGUGGGCUACUUCGGUCCCAAGUGCUACGUGAUCCUCUUCCACCCAGAACGGAACACCGCUGCUUUCUUCCAGACGGCCAUCCAGAGCUACACCAUGAGGCAAAAUUAG